AUGCAAGGUUUUCUGAACAAAAAGACUAUUAUGAAAAUCUGGAAGCCCAAGUACCAAGGUGAAGGCAAAGGUGCCAGAGUCAGAAGGAUCAUUGGAUCCCAUGCACUUAAUAAAAAAGAGAUGGACCCCUUCUUGAUGCUCGAUCACUUCAAUGUUAAGCUUCCUGCUGGGUUUCCUGAUCAUCCCCAUAGAGGAUUCGAAACUGUGACGUACAUGAUUAGUGGGAAGAUCCAUCAUGAAGACUUUAGAGGCCAUAAAGGGACCAUAGGUCCUGGUGAUAUCCAAUGGAUGACUGCAGGUAAAGGAAUCGUACAUGCUGAGAUUCCUGCAAGCAAGACUGAAGCUUCUAUUGGAUUCCAACUAUGGAUCAAUCUUAAGAAGGAAGAUAAAAUGAAAGAGCCUGCUUAUCAAGAAUAUCUUAAGGAUGACAUCCCAUUUGUAGAUAAAUGGAAGAACGAAGGAGUCAGGGCCAGAGUCAUUGCUGGAGAAGCUUUUGAUGUAAAGGGACCUAUCUAUACCAGAACUCCAGCUGAGUUUAUCGACUUCGAGCUUGACAAAGACUCUGUUUAUCAGCACACUAUUCCUGAAAAAUGGAACUUCCUUGUCUACUGCUUCAAAGGAAGCUUUGAGAUUUCUCAAGAAGAUGGAGAAACGAAGAAAAUAGACUCUGGCACUUCUGCUUUCAUGGAAGUGAGUGAUGAUGAUGAAAUUCUAGAAAUUAAAGGUCUUGAAGAAGGUAGCAGAUUCAUGUUGAUCGCAGGUCUCCCUCUGAAGGAACCUAUUGCUUCUUAUGGACCUUUUGUAAUGAACACAGAUGAUGAAAUCAGCGAUACCAUUUCAGACUACCAAGAUAGUGACAAUGGUUUUGAAGGAGCUGACACAUGGGAAUCAGAGAUUAAAGAUUUGAUGAACCAAUAAGCACAUCUAAUUUUGCUUUCGAAACCUAAUAAUUUUCAUAAAAUUCAU